AUGGGAUAGAUUUUGGAAUAAUGUUGCAAAAAAGGGGAAAAAAAUCAAGUGAAAUCAAGCGUUGCUUUGUCCAUUUAGAGUCAGGAUGAGCCAAUUGAAAUAACAGAAGAAUUAAUUCAAAAAUUGAAAUAGCAAUUAGAUGAAGUUAAAAAGAAAUUGGGAGAUUUUGAGGUAUAAAAUACAUUCAAUAUAACACAAAAUGAUGUCUGGCCAAUUAAGGUAUUUAUAAAUUGAGAGUUAGUUAUUAGGAAGGGGUUCAUUUGGAAAAGUAUAUUUAGUCAAAAUUAAGGAUAAGUUAUAUGCUAUGAAACAGAUAAAGAAAAAGUUGAUUUUAAAGAAAUAACAAUUAGAGAAUUUGCUUUGUAAUUAUAUUCAAUGAUAAUCCUAGAUGAGAGAUUCAUAUUGUAGAAAUAUGAUCAUCCUUUUAUAAUAAAAAUGUACUUUGUUUAUUAAGAGCCUUUAUUUAUCAAUAUGGUUAUGGAAUUUGUACAGGGAGGAGAAUUAUUUUAUCAUUUGAACAAAAGAAAAAAGUUUGAUUAAAAAACGACUGCAUUUUAUGCAUCUUAAUUAGUUUUGGCCCUUGAAUUUUUACAUGAAACAGUUAGAGUUGCUUAUAGAGAUCUAAAACCUGAAAAUGUUCUACUUUGUAAAGAUGGUUACAUAAAAUUGGCAGAUAUGGGACUAGCAAAAGAUAAUAGCGAAUUAAAUUACUCAUUUUGCGGCACUGCAGAAUAUUUGGCUCCUGAGAUGAUUGAGGGUAAAAUUUAAUUUAAGAAUAAGAGAAGGGACAUAAUGCAUCAGUUGACUUUUGGACUCUAGGUUGCAUUAUUUUUGAAAUGCUUUUCGGUCAUCCUCCAUUCCAAGAUGAAAAUAAGAAAAAUUUAUACAUUAAAAUUCAAACAGGUGAAUUUAAAUUUCCAUCAACUGCAAGUUCAUCAGCCUAAUCACUCAUUAAAGGAUUACUAUAAUACCAUCCAGAAGAACGAUUCAGUUUUAAAUAGAUUAAAUAGCAUGAAUUUUUUGAAGAAAUAGAUUUUGAUUUAAUAUAUUAAAAGAAACUAAAGCCUCCCUUUGAACCGCUAUUGACAACUGAAAAGGAUACACGAAAUUUUGAUUAUGUUUUGGAAAGCUAAAUGAAAUAAUCUGAAAUACCUAAUAUCCCUUAAGCUUAAGAAUUAUUUUAGGAUUUUCCUUUUUUGGUAAAACAGUAAAUAUAGUUUUGA